AUGACUUGCGGACGGAGGCGGAAAAGAAAUUGCAAAAUUGAAAUAACGUGACUUGCAACAAAGUAGGGAAUGUUUCGCCAGCGGAAUAUAUACACGUGUUAUAAAGAGAAUAACACACAAUAAAUUUGAUGAGUUUCAAGUUUUCUUCACGGCCACUGUCGACUAAUCUUCCUUUAUGUCGAUGGCAGCUAUAUGAGGACCUAGUGUGUGAUGCCAAGUCUGGCCCUGUUGACAGAGUGUGGUUAUCUCCUGGUCAUGUGUAUAUAACUGUCAAUGGAGGUACCCAUCUCUACACAUUUGAUACAAAGCCUACCAACAAAACACAUGAGGAGAACCGAGGAUGUUUGGACUUAACUGACCUUGACCAUCCUGUUCUAGAUAUUCUGGUAUCUUCAUCAAACUACAGUCUAGUCUAUGUGGUUCAAAGGAAUGGUCAUGUCCAAUGCUGGAAAUUCCGUGGUGACCUGACAUGGAUAUUGAUCAAGAGAUUUGACCUUUGUAAUGUGAAUAGGUCAGAGGUGACAAGUAUAUGUCUACACUCAGCACAAGAAACCCUUUACUGGUGUGAGCGACGGCCAGACUUUUCAGAUGUUGCUAACUACUCAAUAUGUAAACGACAUAUAAACAAUGAUGAAGAUAAGCUUAGUGCCAAAGAAUAUAACAGUACCCAGGUGGUCCUACAGAACUGUCCGUCAGCAUCUCUCUACCCUCUCUCAUUUGGUGUUUCCAUUGUCAUCAAGUUAAAACCACCCUUGGUUUCUAUGGUGAUACUAUGGCUGCCAAUAGCAAGCAAAGUUGUGAUAAAUGUAGGUCCCCACCAGGUGGAGCUGCCAGAGCUAGGAACACGACAACCAAUAGACUUCAGGAGCCUAGCUUUCAAGCUUAUUGGUUACACAGUACAAAUGAAACCAGAAAACAGAAUGACAGGUGUGACCUAUGACCCCCAAACAAUGGAGGUCACAGUGAUAGAAGGUCAGACAAAGGUCAAAACUAUCUCAGACACAAACUCAUGUCAGCUGCAAAAAUUCCAAAAGCUGCAUUUCAAAGAUGUGAAAGAAUCCGAUAGAGUGAUCAACUGGAUGAAGUUCCAAGGUUUCCUGGCUGCUGUUUAUAAAUCACAUCUGUUGUUGUUUGACCAGGACACCGGACAGUUGAUGGACACCCUAGACAGUCCUGAUAACCUAGAUAUUGUUGAUGUUUGUCAGUUAAGUCCAGGGACAAUGUGGAUGUCGUUUUUUACUACAAGUAACAUUUAUGUCAUCCAGAGAACUAAGGAACAUACUGAAGAUAAAAUAAAGGAUCUGUUGGCUGUCAACAAUUUCCAGACAAAGGCAGUUGAAUUGGGGUAUCUUGAGCAGCUGAAGACUCAGAACAGCGGUAUACCUGUGUAUGAUAGUAUCACCAAGCUUGGCAGGGCUUGGGAAACUGAGGGCAACCGACCUCCCAGUACUAAGCUAGCAGAAACAUUGAAUCCAUAUUUGAGGGAGUAUUGGAGUUUAGAGAAAUUCCAACAGGAAAUCCUUAAUGGAACAUUGGUGUUACCGAGCAUCUGUCCUGGUAACAUUGAGGAGGAGGUGCUACGAGUCCUAAGUCCUGAGACCAGUAUGUCUAUGUCUGGGAGACAGGCAUGGCUUCUCCUCCUGGCUAACAAGUACCCACAGGAGGUGCUCAACAUCCUCAUGGAACAACUUGACUUUGAUACAGAGGAUAUCAGCUCUGCCCAGUUACAGCGCUGGCAGUGUAUCCUGGCCAAGGACAGUGUUGUGAGCCCUGUCAGCACCAAAGUUGCUGUACCCAUGUUUGAGCACAUCUGUCGUCUGCUUUUCAUUGUCCAACCAUCCAGACUGGUAAACUUUGUGAAGAUUGCCCAACUCAUCAAUGACCAGCGUGUGGGAGUAUCAGCCUUCAUCCGGAGGAGACAAGCUCUUCAGUACUAUGAUCGUGCCCUCAUGUGUCUGCCUGAGCUGUCCAAGUCUCAAUGUGUCCAGGAUGCCACACCAGCCUACGUUAAGCUGCUACUGGCCAGUGAACAAGAUGGAUGUGAAGUAAAGGCAGUGCAGACAUACAUGGAGCAGGAAUGUUGGAGAGAUGCUGUCGAUCUCCUACCUACGUAUACAGACAACCCUGCUCUUCAUAUCAAGUUAUUCCAUGCCAUCCUCCUUUGUAUGACACAGAGGAAAGUGUUGGCUCUUCAUGCUGAUGCCCUGUUCAACAACAUGCCAGUAUGUAAAAGCAUGGACUCUGUGACAUCAGCAUUCCCACUGCAGAACGAUGAUGGCUCGAGCACCUGUAGUUUGAAACAGUUAUUUGCAACAGAGCUUAACCAUGUCCAGAUUGCACAAAUACGACCACACCUGUUGGACAAGAUCAGGGAGACUGAAGCAGUUAAUGACUAAACAGAUCAGAUAAUUAACUUAACUGCAGCAUGUGUUUGUUACACUCUACAUGUACUUAAUCCUUAAAUAAGCAAAACAAGAAAACAUUCUUAAUGUUUUAGAACCAAUGUUCACUAAAUAUUUCUGGAUGAACUCAAUGUGAAUUACACAGAAAAUAAAGAAAAUAUUCAUUUUUCCUAAAAAUAGACUGUAAAUGGUGACCAGAUUAAUGGCACUCUUGCCUAGUAACGUUUGAUAGCUAGUUUAUUAAGAUACAGGGUAGCUCUACAGCAAUUGCUUCCUAUCUUUAUAAGUAUGUUGUAUAUGGGUAAAAGAUUUAUUAUGCAGUGAAAGAGUUUGAUAAAUGAUUGUUAGAGGUUCAAUGGUAGCAUGGAAGUGUUGCCAACUGUUAAGGAAUGUCUAUUUGAGUUUCUGCUUUCUAUUGGGUACAUCCAAAUACAUCAUACCAGUUAUGUUGUAAUUCUUCCAUGUGUGUACAUUAUAUGAUUGAAACAAAAUUAAUUGUAAAAAAAAAACAAAAAACAUAUACAUUGUAUUUUGUUGUCUGAUGUGUUAUUUUGUACAAUUCUAAUGAUAAAGAAUUCUGUGUUCAUUUACAACUUGGCUGAACAAACAUCAUGUCUCCACUUUAUUGAGAAGUGCCAUACUUUAACAAGACAAACAGUUUUAAAACUUUCUUAUUCAUGUUCCUCUGAUGUUUAAUCAGGGUAGUGGAUAUAAAGUUUUUUUUGAAAUUUUAUUUAAGAAUAAUUUGUUCAUAUUAUGUGAUUAAUUUAUGUAUUUAUUUAAUGAUGGCAGUAUCACUUUCACAUUAUGAUACAUCUUCUGAAGAGAUUCAUCGUGGUUUGAAGAUUUACGAGAUUGUUGAUUUUUACAAUAAAUGAUGUAGAAGCUAAAA